AUGGCCUUUACAUUUUUAUCCUUAAAGAAAAUGUUUGGCUUGGCUCAAUUUUAUAUCUUAUUGCAGCAAAUGAUGAACUGUAAUAUCUUUUAUUAUGUAUUUUAAUUUCAACCUACAUUUUUGCAAGAUUAUGUUAAUAAUUCUUAUAAUACAGAAUUAUUACGAAAAAGAAUAUUAAAGUAAUAUACUCGCUUUAUAAUUAUAGCCUAAUUUAUAAGGACUUUAACAAUUAGCUAUAGAAUAGAUAUUCUUAAUAUUAGUUAUGUAAAGAAUAAGAUAUUUCUUAAUUAUUUUUAAAUGAAUGUUAGAUUUAUAAUAUUGAUAAUUAUUCAGUGUUUUUUUUAAUUCCAUUUUAUUGUAGGUCUGUUUUAUCUUGGGUCAUCUACCCCUAUUUAUUUAUAAUUAUUUAAAUACUAUUUCAAAUCAAAAAUUUUGGUUUGCAUUUGUUUUAUCAUUUCUAUAAGAGUUCUUUCUUAAUGUCUUUUUAAAUAUAUAAUUAUUUAAUAUUUGAAGUUAUAACUUAAAUUUUAUGA